AUGGCGGAAAAUAGAGAUUGGAUGUAUAAUGCUCCUAGAGUGAGUGUGGAGUUCAUUAAUAAUGUCAAUGAAUUUCUUGAGAGAGCAUUUGCUAAUGGAGCAGUAGGGGAUGAAAUAUGUUUCCCUUGUCACAUUUGCUGUAAUCGUUUUUGGUAUAGUCGUGAUGUUGUUUAUGAACACCUUAUUGUCAAAGGAUUUGUAGAGAAUUAUUAUGAUUGGUUCUUUCACGGAGAGGGUGUGUCAUCAAGGAUGGAUGUUGAUGACAAUAAUGAAGAAGUUGAUGAUGUUGCUGAUGAUGCUCAAGACAACCUGGAUGGGUUAUUGCAUGAUGUAUUUAGAGAUGUAGCAGAAGAGUCUCCUGUGAACCAAGAAGAUGACCUAAGUGACCAUGAAGAAAGGUUAACUAAGGAGGCAAAGAAAUUUUAUAAGUUAGUUGAUGAAGGUAAGCAACAGUUGUUUCCGGGGUGUAAAACUUUUUCCAAACUCUCUUUUAUCACCUGGUUGUAUCUUCACAAGUGCAUCCAUGGCCUAAGCAACGAGGCAUUUGAUGAUUAUCUAGCCAUAUGGAGAGAGGCAAUUCCUAAAAUAGAUCUACCAAAGUCUUAUUAUGAGGCCAAAAGAAUUGUGAAGGAUUUGGGCCUUGAUUACAAGCAGAUACAUGCUUGCCCUAAUGAUUGCAUGCUUUACCAUAGAGAAGAUGGAGAAAAAGUUGCUUGCAGUAAAUGUGGUGAAAGUAGAUGGAUGGCAAAUAAGCAGGGUGUUCCAGCCAAGGUUUUAAGGUAUUUUUCCUUAAAACCUAGAGUUCAAAGACUAUUCAUGUGUUCUCAGACAGCUGAAUCCAUGAGCUGGCAUGCAAAAGAGCGCCUCCAGGAUGGGAAACUAAGGCACCCAGCAGAUUAUAAAGCAUGGAAGGAUUUUGAUUCCAAUCAUGUUGAUUUUGCACUAGACCCUCGUAAUGUGAGGCUGGGCUUGGCUAGUGACGGGUUUAAUCCAUUUUGGACUAUGAGCAUUUCGCAUAGCACAUGGCCGGUGAUCUUGAUAAAUUAUAAUUUACCACCCUGGAUGUCUCUAAAGCCAGAAUAUUUCAUGUUGUCUUUGCUUAUUCCAGGGCCUCAGUCCCCUGGGAAUAAUAUUGAUGUUUACUUGCAACCGUUGAUUGAUGACUUGAAAGAGUUAUGGGAAGUCGGGUUGCUUACUUAUGAUGCUUCAAGAAAACAACCAUUUUAUGAAAAGGAAUUGAACCGGCCUCCAACAGAUGCAGAAGUAUUUCUAGAGACUAGUAAAAAGAAGAAAAAAGCACAACCAGAAAAAACACUAGAAAUAAUUGAUACAUUGGAACAACUAACUCAGAAGCUAACUCAGGAACAAACUGAAGGAGAAAAUGUAGAUGCAUGA